AUGGAGUUAAAUUCACUCUCAGGAAUAUUGGCUGAGCUUAAAGAAGUCUACGGAAAACAGAAAUCCCACUUUAGAGGCUUAGAUAUAUUUGCCUUGUUUGGCAUUAUGGUCGCUUUAAUUCAACUUGUAUAUUCUGGCCUAACCCAUGGUUAUCCAUUCUGCAGUAUGGUCUCUGCAGUUUGCAUGAGCCUCGGAUUUACAGUUCUAGUGAUAUCUCUUCGUCUUCAUUUAACACCAGAAAUCGAAUCUUCAAUUUCAAACUAUCGCGCCUUUGCUGAAUAUAUCGUAGCUCUCUCAUUAUUGUUCCUCUUUGGCUGGAACUUCAUGAACUAA